CCGAAAUAGAAUCUAAUCCAAUCCGACAACAAUCAAAGAUCUAGCUAGACCUUUCUUCCUUCCAUCAAUUAUGGACGUAGCAGCCACCGCCGCGUCAAUCUUCGUUCCAAGACCUACCAACGGAUCUCGCCUUCUUCACUUUCCUUCUUCUUCUUCUAAGCUAUGCACUUCCAGACAAGUUCAUAACCAUCGGAGACUCUCCCUUGGAAUUUCAACCACAAGAACACCAAGAAGACGAGGAGGAGGCUUUGUAGUUAGAGCUGCAACAUCCGACGACAACACCAACAAAAUUGCACCUCUUCACUUCCAGUCUCCAAUCGGACAGUUUCUUUCUCAGAUUUUGAUCAAUCACCCCCAUCUUGUACCUGCUGCCGUCGAUCAGCAGCUUAACCAGCUCCAAUCUGAUCGCGAGGCCGAUCAACAAAACCCAGAUCCUCCUGCUCCUACAACCUCCACCGAUCUUGUUUUGUACAGGAGAAUUGCUGAGGUCAAGGCUAAUGAAAGGAGGACAGCUUUGGAAGAGAUCUUGUACACGUUGGUUGUGCAGAAGUUCAUGGAUGCUAAUAUUUCUUUGAUACCCUCUGUAACGGCAGAUCCAUCUGGUACACUAGAUUCAUGGUCAACUGAAGUUGGGAAACUUGAGAACCUUCAUUCUCAAGAAGCCUAUGAGAUGAUCCAAAACCACUUGUCUCUCAUUUUGGGUAACAGAGCAGGAGAUUUAUCAUCUGUUGCUCAAAUAAGUAAACUCAGGGUAGGCCAGGUCUAUGCAGCAUCAGUCAUGUACGGUUACUUUCUUAAGCGAGUUGACGAGAGGUUCCAACUGGAGAAGUCCAUGAAAGUUCUUCAAAAUGCAGCAGAAGAGAGUGGUGAUCAUCAAACUAUCAUGGAUGAUGUAAGACCUGGUAGUGAACUGGGCACUUCUCAUCCUGAAGUAUCAACCUGGCCUGGAGGCGACGCCAGUCCUGGUGGAUUUGGCUAUGGUAUCAAGCCAACCAGGUUGCGUAAUUAUGUCAUGUCCUUUGAUGGGGAUACCCUCCAGAGAUAUGCAACAAUAAGGUCUAAAGAGGCUGUGAGCAUCAUUGAGAAGCACACAGAGGCAUUGUUUGGAAGACCUGAAAUGGUUAUAACACGGGAGGGGGCAGUUGAUUAUUCAAAGGAUGAAAACAUCAAAAUUAGCUUUGGUGGUUUAAGGAGACUUGUUUUAGAAGCUGUCACUUUUGGUUGUUUUCUCUGGGAUGUUGAGGGCUACGUGGAUUCGAGGUAUCAUUUUGUCUUAAAUUGAGUUGUGCCUCCUCCCGAAUCUCCGAAGGUAAUGUUUUAGUGUGUCAGUACCUAGUACUGAUCAAUAGGAUACAAGUUAAUGUAGCUUGCCGUUAAAGAUCCAAAUGUUGUAUAUACUAAUACUGUGAUUGUGACUCUAGAUUUAACCAAUGAAGGUAAAGUUUUUUUCUUCUUCAA